CUAUGAAUAACGCUUUCCUAACCAUUGGCUGCUAGGCAAACGCCUCUAUAUGGUCGCUUACUCGAGCCAUUCUUGCUUGUUUCUUUGUAUGGCGUAUACAUCAGAUUCUGUAAAUAAUCCCUAUUGUUGUUUCUGUAUCAUUUGGUUCAAAGGUAGGAACUUUGAUAAAGAAGGCAAGCAGCGGACAUGGUGGUUACAAAGAGAUGUUGAUAAGUUUAAAAGAAAGACUCAAUGUUUUAUAGACAUGUGGAGUAACUUCACUAUACCUGGAACAGGUGGCAUGAAGAAUAAUGGGGAGUUGACGUUAAAUGAAGUUUUGUCUGAUCACGAAGGAACACGGAUUAGUUAUAAGGCCUAUCGUAGGAUAAUAGAGAAACAACAGAACGGUAAAGAGGAAAAAAGAUUGCCUGGGCUUCCUUACACACCAAAUCAAUUGUUCUUCAUAAAUUUGGUGCAGCCCUUUUGCACCAAUAUAAGAAACGAUAUGAAGAAGUAUUGGAUACAGAACGUAGCUCAUCCAUUAUCAUUAAUAAG